AGAUGGCUGUGUCUCGCGGAGCCUCGUGCUGGUUUGGUUGAUUUCGAGCUCGCGCUCUCGUUCUGUAACAGAAGCCCCCCCUCCAACACAUACACACACUCACACACACACAGUUGUGUCGGUGAAAUUCAUUUCCCUGGCUCUGUAUUUAUAUAUUUUUUCUUCCGCAAACUUUCCCCCCCGCUCGGUUUUAACUUUAACCCGGAGUCGCAGUGGAUUACCGGAUACCGGUCCGGGCGGAGGACACUGGGGGGAAUGAACCGGGACGACGGGUACGUUGGUAUAAAUAUAAUUGUAUUUAUAUUCAAUGGUUCUUCGGAGUUUGAUUGUGAGUGAGUCGCCGUGCUGAGAGAGAGCGAGGCAGAGAAAGAGUGGAGGAGAGAGAGAGAGAGGGAUAUCAUGGCCGCUCAGGUCGCCAGCGUCGCCACUCUCAACACUAGCCCGCCAUCCGAACUCAAAAAGCCGGAUCGGGACUCGCAGGAGGAGUCGGUACCGGGGGAGAAACAGCAUGAAAAUAAGGAACCGGGACCUGACGGCGGAUCUCCUGGCCAGAAGGAGCUGCAGGACGGGAGCGAUGCUGGAAACGCUGGGGGAGGAGGGGAUCCUGACAUGAAGAACGGCAACGGGAAUCUACCCAGGGUAAAUAAUAAUAGCAGUAAUCAGAAUGAUACGGGCGGACCCGAAGGGAAUAACCAUCCCGGGAUGGGACACCACCACCCGGGCUCCUUUCCUCCACCUCCUUACGGUUACAACCAGCACUACAGCCGGGCCCCUUUUCAUCAACAUGGCGGACAACAAAGCCCUGGCAUGGCAGCUGCAUCGGGGCCGGGCAUGAUGGACCCUUACCCCCCUAAUUCACACGAACACGGCUACCCCAACCAUUACAACAACUACAGCCCGUUCCAGAGCAGGACUCCUUAUCAGGGCCAAGGGUACGGGGCCAUGAAUUCCCCGCGUAACAACCAGCCUCCGGCGGCUGGGGGGCAGCCAGGCAAGCAACAGCCAGCAGGAGGAACCACAGCUAUGGCUGCCUCUUAUAAUAAUCAGAGGUAUAACAUGGGAAACCAACAACCUACGUCUACGCCAACUUUGAACCAGCUCCUGACAUCCCCCAGCUCGGCCAGGAGCUACCCGAACUACCCCCAAGGAGACUAUAACAAUCAGGAAGGGGCCAACAAGGGACCAGGAGACAUGGGCAGCACUCAGUAUGGAGGGGUCCAUCCGGGUUGGCAACAAAGGACCCACCAUCCGCCUCCCAUGAGCCCGGGAAACACUGGACAGCCUCCCAGCAGGAACCAGCCUCCGAGCCCGAUGGACCAGGUGGGCAAGAUGCGGGGCCAGCCGUACGGAGGACCCAACCCCUACUCCCAGCAACAGCAAGGACCUCCCAGCGGGCCCGGACCCCAGCAGGGGGGCUCAUACCCAGGGCAGGGCUACGGACCGCCGGGCCCUCAGAGGUACCCCAUGGGCAUGCAGAGCCGGACCCCCGGCGCCAUGGGCAGCAUGCAGUACGGACAGCAGAUGUCAGCCUUUGGACAACAGGGCCCAGGGGGCUACGGCCAACAGAGCCAGGGCUACUACGGCCAGCACGGACCCCCACCUCACCCCGGCCAGCAGCAGCAGCAGCAACAGCAGCCGCCGCCGCAACAACAACAACAACAGCAGCAGCAGCAGCAGCAGCAGCAGCAGCAGCAGCAGCAGCAGCCUCCGUACACAGGCCAGACGCAGGGCAGCUCCGGACCUCCCUACACCCAGCAGGGCCACCCGACGCAGCCGCCCGGCCAGCACGGGCAGCCGGGCCCGCCGUACCAACAGUCCCAGGGUCCCCACGGAGGCCCCCAGGGCCAGCCCCCUUACAGCCAGCCCCCGCAGUCUCAGCCCGGACAGCCACCGUACGGCCCCAACCAACAGCAGCAGGCGCAGCAGCAGCAGCAGCAGCAGCAGGGUCCAGGUCCACAAAGUCAGCAGGGUCCGCAGGGCCAGCCUGGGUACCCACAGACCCCCGGACCGGGGCAACAGCAGCAGCAGCAGCAAACCCCACAGCAGCAGCAACAGCAGCAGCAGCAGCAGCAGGGGCCGUCGCAGCAGCAGCAGCAGCAGCAACCAGGCGGACCACCUCCUCAAGCCCAGCAACCUCCAGGUCAUGGACAGCAGGGUCAGCCUUCACCGUACUCCCAGACUCCCCCUCUACAACAACAGCAACAACAACCACCGCAGCAGCAGCAGCCGCCACAACAGCAGCAGCAGCAGUCACCCUACCCGAGGUUCCCCCCUCCUCCACAGGAACUCUCCCAGGAUUCCUUCAGCUCCCAGUCCAGCGCUCCUCCUUCCAACCAACCCAACAAGAGCGGUCAGGAGGACAGCAUGCAGGCGCGGCCGUCCAGUCUGCCGGAUCUGUCCGGCUCCAUCGACGACCUGCCCACCGGUACGGAGGGCGCCCUGAGCCCGGGCGUCAGCACCUCCGGGGUGUCCAGCUCCCAGGGCGAGCAGAGCAACCCCGCCCAGUCGCCCUUCUCGCCGCACACCUCGCCCCACCUGCCGGGCAUCCGCGGGCCGUCGCCCUCGCCGGUGGGCUCCCCGGCCAGCGUCACCCCUUCCCGCACCGGCCCCCUCUCGCCCGCUGCUGUGCCAGGUAACCAAAUGCCGCCGCGGCCGCCCAGCGUCCAGUCGGACAGCAUCAUGCACUCUUCCAUGAACCAGUCGGCCAUGGGCCAGGACAGGGUGUACAUGCGGAAUCCUCAGAUGCCUCCGUACGGGUCCCCCGGUCAGCCUGGCUCUGCCUUAUCCCCACGCCAGUCUUCAGGAGGCCAGAUGCAUGCUGGGAUAGGACCUUACCCUCAGAACAACACCAUGGGGAACUACGGCCCUCAGGGGGGCCAGUAUGGCCCGCAAGGUUACCCCCGACAGCCCGGAUACACGGGGAUGCCCAACGCCAACUACCCCAGCGGGCCCGGCAUGGGCGGCUCCAUGAACCCCAUGCCGGGUCAGGGCGGCGGGGGUCCGUACGGGAACAUGCCCCCGGGCAGGAUAGGCCCCGGGCAGAUGGGCUCGCGGCCCUACGGCCCCGGCAUGGCCUCCAACAUGGCCGGCAUGCCGCCGCAGGUGGGCUCGGGCAUGUGCCCCCCGCCGGGCAUGAACAGGAAGGACGGCGGACCCUCCAUGCACCACGGGCCCACCAACUCCAUACACACCAGGCCACCCGGCUACCCGAACAUGUCCCAGGGCAUGAUGGGAGCAGGCUCUCCGUACGGCCCGGGGAUGAACAGCAUGCACGGGAUGAUGAACCAGGGAGGACCGGGGCCGUACCCGAUGGGGGCCAACAUGGCCAACAACACCCCAGGAAUGCCUCCGAGUUCAGAGUUUGGGAUGGACAAGAUGAACCCGGCGCAGAAGAUGAACAACAAAGUGGACGGGACUCCCAAGCCGGAAUCCAAGAAGAAGUCGAGUUCUUCCACCAUCACCAACGAGAAGAUCACCCGUCUGUACGAGCUGGGUCCGGAGCCGGAGAGGAAGAUGUGGGUGGACCGGUACCUGGCCUUCGCCGAGGAGAAGGCCAUGGGCAUGAACAACCUGCCCGCCGUGGGCCGCAAGCCCCUGGAUCUCUUCAGGCUCUACGUGUCGGUCAAAGAGAUCGGCGGCCUCACGCAGGUGAACAAGAACAAGAAGUGGAGGGAGCUGGCCACCAACCUGAACGUGGGCACGUCGAGCAGCGCGGCCAGCUCGCUCAAGAAGCAGUACAUCCAGUGUUUGUACGCCUUCGAGUGCAAGAUCGAGCGCGGCGAGGACCCGCCCCCGGACUUCUUCAACACGGACGCCAAGAAGAACCAGCCCAAGAUCCAGCCUCCCAGCCCAGCUGGUUCCGGAUCCCUGCAAGGGCCCCAAACGCCUCAGUCCACCAGUAGUUCGAUGGCAGAGGGGGGAGACCUGAAGCCCCCCACCCCGGCCUCCACCCCGCACACGCAAAUGCCCCCGAUGCCCGGCGUCAGGACGAGCGUUAACCUCCAGGACCCCUUUGCUGAUGGCGGCGACCCUGCGUUUUCUAGAAGGAAUGCCAUGACUCCAAACUCUCAGGGCUACCAGCCUGGCAUGGGUGGCCCCGAGAUGAUGAGCCGAAUGGGCCCCUACGAAGCCAACAAGGACCCCUUUGGAGGCAUGAGGAAAGCUGGAGAACAGUUUAUGCCACCAGGCCCCAACAGUGGGAUGGGGGAACAGUACAACCGAGGCCCACCAGGCCCAAUGGGCAACAUGCAGAUGGGACAGAGGCAGCAGUACCCAUAUGGAUAUGACCGAAGACAAGAUCCCAGUAUGGGCCCCGAUGGCAACAUGGGACCAGGAGCUCCUCAGCCCAACAUGAUGCCUUCUGGAGCAGACACAGGGAUGUACUCGCCAAGCCGCCCUCCACCACAGCAACGGCAUGAGUCCUACACAAAUCAGUACCCUGGCCAAGGAGCUCCACCUGGUGGCCCGUACCCCAACCAACAGCCAGGAAUGUAUCCACAGCAGCAACCGAACUACAAGCGUCCUGUGGAUGGUGGAUAUGGUCCUCCGGCCAAACGCCAUGAAGGAGAAAUUUACAACGUUCCUUACGCUGGUCAGCAGCAGCCAGGACCCCAGGCCUCUGGGCCUCAGGGCCAACAGGACAUGUAUAACCAGUAUAACGCGUACCCUGGAGGGGAACGCAGACCACCGGGCCCACAGAACCAGUUUCCCUUCCCCUUUGGACGGGACCGAGGGCCGUCGUCUGCAGGCCCCAACUCCCAGUCUCAAAUGCCUCCGCAGAUGAUGGCAAACCCCAUGCCUUCAGGUCCUGAUGGCCCCCAGGGCCCAAUGUGGCAGGGUCGCAAUGAGAUGGGAUACCCCAACUACCCCAAUCGGCAAGGACCUCCUGUUCCGGGCCAGGGCCCUGGCUAUCACGGCAUGAACCGCUCAGAAGAGAUGAUGCCAUCGGAUCAACGCAUGAACCACGACGGACAGUGGCCCGGCCACGUCAACCAGCGGCAGCCGCCGUUUGGCCCCGCCGGCUCCGGGCCGCCUAUGACCAGACCCUUGCCCUCCACCUAUCAGACCUCCCAGAACCACAUUCCUCAGGUGUCAAGCCCAGCGCCCAUGCCCCGGCCUAUGGAAAGCAGGACGUCGCCCAGCAAGUCCCCCUACAUCCAUCCUGGUGUCAAGGUGCAUAAAGCGGGACCUCCGGUGCCCGCAUCCCACAUCGGCCAGGCUCCCGUGCAGCAACCCAUGAUCCGGCGAGACGUGGCCUUCCCUCCUGGCUCCGUGGAGGCUUCGCAACCCCACCUCAAACCCCGCAGGCGGCUCACCAUGAAGGACAUCGGCACUCCCGAGGCUUGGAGAGUCAUGAUGUCCCUAAAAUCAGGCCUAUUAGCCGAAAGCACAUGGGCCUUGGACACCAUUAACAUUUUACUGUAUGACGACAGCAGCAUUUCUACUUUUAAUCUAUGCCAGCUUCCUGGAUUCCUGGAGCUGAUAGUGGAAUAUUUCAGACGCUGCCUCAUCGAGAUCUUCGGCAUCUUGAAGGAGUACGAAGUUGGAGACCAUGGCCAGCGCACCCUCAUAGACCCCAACGCAGCCGAGGACUCUGAUGAUGAGAUUCCCAUGCCCGAGGUGGAGGACAUGGACACAGACGAGGAGGACGAGGAAGAGGAGGAGGUAGACGAAAUGAAGACCAACCCCGACGCCUCCUCGCUGGUGCAGGUGAAAGAGGAGGAGGAGAGCUCCCAGAGAGAAAAGUCAGAGGAUGAGGAAGAGGAGAAGGAACGGGGGUCUUCGAUCAAGGAAACCAAUACUUCUACCUCAGGGUCCUCUCAGGACCCCAACCUCAACUCGGAAAAGCCCAAACAGGCUAGCAAGUUCGAUAAACUCCCCAUCAAGGUGGUGCGGAAAAAGAAUCCCUUCAUGGUAAACCACUCGUCCAAGCUUGGGCAGAGGCAAAGCUUCGACAGUGGCCUCAUACACUGGAGCAUCGGUGGUGGAGACACGACCGAGCACAUCCAGACCCACUUUGAGAGCCGCAUGGAUCUUCUCAAGCAGCGGAAACAACGUACCCCAGCUGCCACCGAGAGCCGCAAGAAGGUCCAGGUGUUCGGGGUGGCAACAGAAAACCUUGAGAAGUCCAAGUCCAGCGGCGAGGAUAAGUCUCGGCAGCAGCAGCAGCAGCCCCAGUCCGCCGACGCUCAUAAACCUCCGGCUGAGAAGACCCCACCUCCUCUACCCAUCGGCGCACCGGUCACUGCUACCAUCGACGACGUGCUGUCUGCCCGCCCGGGGUCCGUCACCGAGGAGGUGGUCCGCGGAGGCGCCGAGGAGCAGAAGGAGAACGGCAAGUAUCUGUUCAGCAUCAGCCCCGACCUCCAGACCCGCCGGAACAUCAAGAUCCUGGAGGACGAGCCCCACAGCAAAGACGAAAUGCCACUCAGCACUCUGUCGGACUGGCAGGACUCGCUAGCCCGGCGCUGCAUCUGCGUGUCCAACAUCGUGCGGAGCCUCUCCUUCGUCCCCGGAAACGACCUGGAGAUGUCGAAACACCCGGGCCUGCUGCUGCUCCUGGGCCGGCUGGUGCUGCUUCACCACAGGCACCCCGAGCGCAAACAGGCGCCCGUCACCUACGAGAAGGAGGAAGAGGAAGACGAAGGCGUGAGCUGCGAAAGAGACGAGUGGUGGUGGGACUGCCUCGAAGUGUUGAGAGAGAACUGCUUGGUCACUCUGGCCAAUAUCUCGGGCCAGCUGGACCUUUCUAUUUACCCAGAGAGUAUAUGCCUCCCGCUGCUGGACGGCCUCCUCCAUUGGGCCGUGUGCCCGUCAGCAGAGGCCUUGGACCCCUUCCCCACACUAGGGCCGCACGGUUCCCUUUCUCCCCAGAGACUGGUCCUCGAGACCCUCAGCAAGCUCAGCAUCCAGGACAACAAUGUCGACCUCAUUCUGGCAACGCCGCCGUUCAGUCGCCUGGAGAAGCUCUACGGCUCGCUGGUGCGCCUGGUCGGCGAGCGCAAGGUGGCCGUCUGCCGGGAAAUGGCGGUGGUCCUGCUCGCCAACUUGGCCCAGGGAGACAGCUUAGCGGCGCGGGCCAUCGCCGUGCAGAAGGGCAGCGUGGGCAACCUGCUGGGCUUCCUGGAGGACAGCUUAGCGGCCACGCAGUACCAGCAGAGCCAGAGCUCGCUGCUACAAAUGCAGGGCGGGCCCCAGUUCGAGCCCACCAGCGUGGACAUGAUGCGGCGGGCGGCGCGGGCCCUGCACGCCCUGGCGAAAGUAGAGGAAAACCACUCGGAGUUCACGUUGUACGAGUCGCGGUUACUGGACAUCUCGGUGUCCCCGCUCAUGAACUCUAUGGUGUCCCAAGUAAUCUGUGACGUACUGUUUCUGAUCGGCCAGUCAUGACAGCCGUGGGGAGGUCUCGGCUCUGCCUCGGUCCAUUCCCCCUCCAACCCGUUUUUAUUUUGUGUGUGCGCGCGAGUGCGUGUGUCUGUUGCGCGUGAGUGAAAAGAGCAAAGAUGACUGUCCUCCUACUUUUAUUUUGUUUUUCUCUCCUUUUUUUAAUUUAUGCAAAAUCACCUCGGAUUCCACUGUCUUUCUUCCCCCCCUCCUCCCCCCCCUCCCUGCUUCUCUACUAAAAGAAGGAAUAUCAUGAAGUAGCUGUGGAUUUUUAAACGUUGGAUACGGAACAGUUCAACUGGGCGAAGAAGAGCAGAUCGGGACCCGGGCGUGAAAGGACGGGACGCGCUGUGUCCUGCGGGGGAAAUAAAAACUGAAAAGCGGACUUGUUUUGUUUUAUUUUUUUUGUUCUUGUUUAUUUUAUUUUUUUUGGUUGUUUUUUUUUUUUUUUUUUUUUUUAAAGAAAACAAAAAGAAAAUCUCCAGAAAAAAAAAAAAAAAAAGAAAAAAACUGUAACCAAAGUUGCUGUCUCGUUUACAGUGAGUUUGGGGGAAUUCGUGUGCUCGCUUUCUCCCUCUGUGGGGGCGGGGGAGGGGGAGGGUCGGCAGGGAGGAGAGGGCACAGACUAAACAAUACUCUGGUUCGUGUCUGGAGGCUACAUAGACUUGAGCGGACUGUGGCGUGGUAUCAUUGCUGUAACUCUGGAUGCUAUAUACUCAGCCCCGCAGGAACCACACUAUUGGCUGUGAACAGACAUCUGUCAUGGGAGGCCUGUGCAGUAGAUUGUAGGACUUUUUUUCUGUACUGUACACCUUGAAAACAAAAACGAAAAAAAAACAAAAAAAAAAAACGAAAAAAAAAACUGUAAACAUA